GUCAAACAUCGUCAUGGUGAUAAAAUUUACUAGAGAUGUUGAAGUAUAAUUCAGAGCGAAAUGUUCCUCACACCUCCUCGAUGGUAAGAAAAAGGCACGCAAAUUUACAGAAGCUGACAACAGUGACACGACCUUCUCAGGGGAAGCAACGUGGAAAGCCACUGAAGCCUGGUGGGCCUCCUACUCAAGGCAAGAAAGUCGGCCUCACAGUCCGACAGACGAGCCAGCGAGAUCGAGAGAAAGCAGAUGAAGCCAAUGUAGUUAGUAUAUCGGAGCUACGCCACAUCUUGCGUCUUGCUGAGCCUCUGAGCUAUGAAAAGAAUGAGAGAGCUCCUGUAGAGCCCAAUUUCAAUGAAAAGGAGCAACAUACGCAUGAAACUUCUGCAGUAGAGUGCCGUGUGGUUAGCACGCCACGUGAUAAUGUAGAAAAUCGAGUGACGGAGAAAGCACCAGUCGUUCGAAGUGGGCUGCCUCCUGGUCAUUUGACCAAGACAGAAACUGUUGUGUCUUCUGAUGGCAUCUUCUUUCCAUUUGGCAGUCCUGGUGGAGGAGCUCCCAUCAAGACUAGUUCUGGAGAACUAAAGGCUGACUAUUAUCAAAGGGCUGUUGCUUCUCAACAAAUAUCUACUGUUUCAACUAAAGAUUGGACAAAGCAAGACACUAUGCUGACUCAAAACCAGAAGUUGAGCAGUCAGCAACAGGGUCCUAAUAAUGCGGUUAACAUGACAUCACAAGAUGUCUUACCACAGAGAUAUGGUCGUACUGUUCCUCAUGCCAUGAGGUCAUCAUUCUUUUUUGGUACUUCUUAUGGUGCUGAUGCGGACACAAAAUCACUUGACAAGCGUCAGUGGUUGGAAGACCUUCGUAAACAAGUAGAGGACAAGAAAGCUCGUGAAGCAGCUGAGAAUCAGAGGCGAAAAGUGAUAGAUGAGGGGGAUGCUCUGAGGGACAUGCAACAUCAGAUGUGGCAGAGUGGAUCAGCACCGUGUUCUACUGCUCAAAUAGUGACUUCUUCUCAAGUCUAUCCAUCUGUUUCACAGUUGCCUGCUGCACCACCUGCUAUUCAGACUGAAUCUCCAGACAAGGCAUUUGUUAAAGGCAAUGACGAGAGGUCUCAUCAGCAUCAAUAUCAUGUGCUUCUAGAUUCAUCUGACAUUGAGGAGAAGCGAAGGAGAACUGUAGAGCAUUAUCAGUUUAAUCAGCAGCAAUUGGAGGAGAAGCAACGCAUAAAACGUGAGCAUCAAGAACGUUUAGCAAAAGAGGUAGCAAUAGAGGAUGCCAGGUUGCACAGAGAGAGAGAACAAUUGAGACUUCAAUAUGAAAGAGAACAAGCUGCUGCAAGAGAAAGAGAAGAAAUAGCUAUAAGAAGACGAGAGCUAUUAGAAGAGCAGAUAGUGGCAGCUCAAGCUGCAGCUGCAAAGGAGAGGCAUGCAAGAGUGAGGAGGCAUGUUGGUCGUAUUUCACCUCUGGAGGUUUUAACAGAUAAUAGAAACAGAACAGAUGUUGAAUUGCCCUCAUCUGGAAAAGUGUUGACUUUGCAAGCAAGCCGGCAUGUGUUUAUGGAUAGUCCUUACGUAGAAUCUGAGAAGUCAGCAUCUAUUGACUCCAUGCUGGAGUGCGAUGUCAGAGCUGUCGAUGCAACUUUGUCAAUGAGUGAGUUAUGUGAGGCAAUGCCAAGCACUCCUUGUGAUAAUUCUGAAGAUGUCAAAGCCUUUCAAAAACAGGCAAGUAAAUAUCAAAAGUCAACUCACAACAAUAAGCCAACAUCUAAAAAAAUGAUAUUAUCAAACCUAAAACCAGGUAAAGAACACCAAGGUCCAACAUCAGCAGGCAUGAAAGUUAUUGGCGGCAAUCAGAGAUACAGGCAGAAGCAGAGUGUCGUUGAAUAUGGUAGUGCAAUGAAAGGAGCGAAAAAACAAGAAAAGACACGAAGACACACAAUAGCUACUGUAAGGAAGCCAUCACAUGUAAAUCAUUCGUCUCGGUUGCCUGUUCCUCAAAGACGGCUAGAAGGAACUCAAUUUAGAGUAAAAGCAGAUGCUGUUGUGGUGGAUGAUCCUGCUAGGAGCAAGGAUACAUCUUCAAGACUACAAGCUGCCUCUUCUUUACGUUGUUUGCAAGAACAAAAGAAGGUUGGUAGUCGCACGAUUAAGUCACAGGCUGUUGAAAGGAAGAAAAGCAAGCAGCAAAGAAAAUCUGAUUACCAGAAUUCUGACGAAGACAAGGGCACUGCAGUAGAGCUUAAUUCUACAGUUAACACACUGUCUCAUGCCAUGCAUGACAGAGACUCUGUUGCUGGUAAAUACGUGACUGAUGGACCGUGUGAGUCAGAUGAUGUUGAAGUUUGUUCAUUACCUUCAACUGGUGAUGCUUACCAUAUCCCAGUUCAAAGGACAAGCGUAAUUCUGCCAAGAGUUGUGGACAGCAUGAGCUCUGAGGCUUCCAAGAGACACUUGACACAUGAGACACAUGACAAAGGCAUGUUACAGAAUGUGCGAGCACGAGUUACAAGUGCUGGUGGCACACAGUCCCAACUGCUCUUCAACAGCAAUGACAAAAGUGAACUUGUGGAGUUCAAGCAUGAGCAGCAAACUGUUUGGCCACAUCCUCUCCAGAUACCCAGCACUAUGUCGCAAGUGUUACAAGAAACGAGACAAUACUUGGAGAAUAAAAGACAUGACAGCCAGCAGGAGCAUUGGCAGUUGCAGCCAGGAAGCAACACAUUACAAGAGGUAAAUGCCACAACCAGCAAGAGACAGAGAGAGAUAUUGUCUCAACUUGCUUUCCUGCGUCAGGGCCUUGUCAACAAACAGAAGCAGUUGGAGGAAGUAAUGAGGGACUCCUCUUAAUGUACAUAUAAGAGAAAUAUUGAUGUCAACCGUUUCCACUUUUAGAAAUGGGAGUUCCUGCGGUUUCAAAUGAUACCAAGAUUGUCUCUCCAGAACAUCGCGUAGUGAAGUUAUUAUGAUCAGCCAGGUCAACGCGAACAGAGAGUAUACAUUUUAUAGUAAUGAGACUGUGGUUGCAGCAGGUGUUCUACUAAUUACAGUUUAUCUUCAAUCCCACGUUUUGUACGUACACCUUUGCAGAUCUUUUUACAGCAUAACCAUGCACUCAACUGGAUGUAUCUAUUCACUAAAUUGUUAUAGUUGUAGAAACAUAGUGAUCCUCUCUCUCAAAGCACUCUUGCAGCUACAAAUUCUCAGAGCAUUUUGUAUGGAUUUUAAAUAUGAUUAUGCUAGACUAUACUUGAAACAUAGCGUCUUAUGAUAUAGUUUCAGUGAGAGGUUCUCCGUUGGCAUGAUCAAAUUUCAGCACAGUUCUUUGAUUCCGACAUAUAUUUAAACAGCAAGGUGCUGCCGAUGUUUCGGCUGUUAUACUACAGCCAUCUUCAGGGCAAAUAUUCAAAUUCUAGUAAAUACAAUGGAGUAGUUAUGAUGUCAUAAAUACAAGUAACCAAUAGUUGACCAGAACUAUCUACACUAAGAUGUACAAUUAUGAUGAAACUUGGACUAGUGAUAUGUUGUUGUAGUAUUCAUGAGGCUUGCCCAACA